UUCUCCCACAACUCACCCGCAUUCUCCACCUCUCCACCUCUCUGCUUCGGCAUUCAUCUUACCUGUACUCCCUCUCGAUCCUCUCUACGACGUUUACGUCCCUAAACCAAGCUCUCUCCACCUCUGCAAGCCUGUCGCACGUCACCGACGACAGCGUCUCCAACCCUCGCGCAAACAGUCUCUGACUCGAUCCUCCACCCUCGACCUCACACCACCCUCUCUCCCGCGAUGGCUGCCCAGGCUGCUCAGCCCGCUUCCAAGUCGGCCAAGAAGAAGGCUUCCAAGGCCAUCGAGCGAACUGAAUCUCCCGCGCCCAGCGUUACCUCCGCCGCCGCCGAUAAGACCGGCGACGACACCUUCGAGUCACCCUACAUCAAGGAGCUCCAAAAGAACAUUCGCAAUGUCAACAAGAAGAUUACCAACGCUUCCAAGACCGACGCCCUUCUAGCCCAACACGCUGACAAGUCGCUCGAUGAGCUGGUUGCCACCAAGAUCAUCAACCCCGAUCAGAAGGCCCAGAUCCUCAAGAAGCCCGCUCUGCAGGCCCAGCUCGCUCAGUUCGAGGAGCAGCUGACGCAAUACCAGAAGGUCGACGAGCAGUACCGGACACGCGCCACCGCUGACAAGGCCGAGUGGGAGAAGGGUCUCGAGAAGGCCAAGGCCGAUGCUGUUGCUGAGGCUAAGGAGGAAGCUAGCAAGUCUCUGAACGACAACCUGCUGGUCCUGUCGCAGUUCCUGCGACUUGCUGCCUACCGGCGUGAGGAGGCUCAGGACCCUGAGUCUGACGAAAGCCAGGCUAUCGAGGGUGUCCUCCUCGCCAUCUACUCUGGCGACCAGAAUGCUGUUCAGUCCAUGCUGAAGCUUGUCAACGGCACUGAGGACCAGAUCUUCAGCGUUCCCGGAGAGCAGCUGCAGACCACUUUCUCCAAGGUCAAGUCUUUGGCUCAAGAGUAUAAGACUCCCUACGACGAAGCCCCGGCUGCCGAGGGUGAGGCUGCGCCCGCCGAGGUUGCCACGGACCCUACGGUUGCACACGCCUCCGCCACCGAGAUCGAGGCUGGCGAUGUUGCCGCUCCCAUCGAGGCUGCUGCCCAGCCUUCUUCCAACGGUCUGGCUAAUGCCAGCGUGGCCGACGACGCCGCUAACGCCGUCGCCGAGAGCCAUUGGGAUACCCCUAACCAGGAGCUGUCCGCUUCUCAGGAGUGGGUUGACGUGAAGGCCGCUGAGGCUACUGAGCCCGAGGCUGCUGUCCCGGCCCCUGCUACCAACACUCAGUCUUGGGCUGAUGACCACCCUGAGCACCCCGCUGAGACCGCCACUCCCGCCGACCCCAACGACGGAUUUCAUCAGGUCCAGCGAAACCGACCCGGCAGCCACCGCGGACGUGGUCGUGGUGACUGGCGCGGCCGAGGUGGCCACCGUGGUGAUGGCCGUGGACGAGGCCGUGGUCACCGCGGUGCCCCCCGAGGCGGCCGCCGCAACGAGGAGUCGUAA